AUGGCGCGGAGCCCCGGAGAGGGCAGCGUGUCUCCCUCUGCUAGCCUACGUGGAACCAGGGAGACCCUCAGUGACCCGGAACUGGAGUCUAUAGGCUCCGACUCUGAAAUCAACGGGUUCACCGCGGAGAGGAAGACUGACAAGUACGGCUUCCUGAUCAAGACCGAGGAGAACGGCGAGCGGGAGCAGGAAUUGCCCGUUGAGGUCUUAAGACAGAGGGAAGCAAAAUGGCUGGACAUGCUGCUAAAUUGGGACAAAUGGAUGGCGAAGAGGCACAAGAAGAUAAAGCUGAGAUGUCAGAAGGGGAUCCCGCCUUCACUGCGUGGCCGUGCCUGGCAGUACCUUUCCGGAAGCAGGGUUAAGAUGGACCAGAACCCCAACAAAUUUACUGAGCUGGACUCAAUGGCAGGUGACCCAAAAUGGGUGGACAUCAUAGAAAGAGACCUCCACCGGCAGUUUCCUUUUCAUGAGAUGUUUGUCGCUCGAGGGGGUCACGGUCAACAAGAUCUGUUUAGGGUACUAAAAGCUUACACUCUUCACCGACCAGAUGAAGGAUACUGUCAAGCCCAGGCACCUAUUGCAGCUGUCCUGCUUAUGCAUAUGCCAGCGGAGCAAGCAUUCUGGUGUUUGGUACAGAUCUGUGAGAAGUAUCUGCCGGGAUAUUACAGUGAGAAGCUGGAAGCGAUCCAAUUAGAUGGUAGAAUCCUGUUUUCAAUGCUUCGGAAGGUGUCCCCGGUGGCCUACAAGCAUCUAAGCAAGCAGAAGAUUGACCCCAUCUUGUACAUGACUGAAUGGUUCAUGUGUGCAUUCUCACGGACUCUUCCCUGGAGCUCGGUCUUGCGUGUGUGGGACAUGUUUUUCUGCGAAGGUGUCAAGAUUAUAUUCCGGGUGGCUCUUAUUCUCCUGAAGUAUACACUUGGUUCCUCUGAAAAGCUCAAGUCGUGUCAAGGUCAAUAUGAAACUAUGGAGAAAUUAAGGGCAAUUGAUCCAAAAUACAUGCAGGAAGGAUUCCUUAUCCCAGAGAUUGCGGAGUUGCCAAUUACCGAACGAGAUGUAGAACGUGAGCAUUUAAUUCAGCUAAAGAAGUGGAAGGAAGAGUAUGGAGAACUGCAGUGCAAAUCACCCACUCGUUUGCAUGGGGCCAAAGCCAUCAGCGACGCUGACCCAGUGGGUCACAAGCCUCUUGUUCACGCGCCGUCCAUUAUUCUUCCAUCCAAUGUAAGCUCCAGGAAGAAAACAAAGGAGCAGAAACAGGAAGAAAAGGAACAAGAAAAGCAAAGAGACAAGGAGAUGAGGGAAAGGGAAAAGAUGGAGAAGGAGAAAAAGAAGUUAGAAAAGAAAAAGAGUAAAGGGAAAGGUGACCAAUCCAAUGGGGCUAUGAAAGAGGAAAAUGGUGGUGAGGGGACCAGAGAUCACCGGCAGGAACCGGUACAGCCUUUGUUGGCCAAAGUAAUCCAAAAAGACUCUCUCAAUGUGCAUCAGUCUAGUGAAAGCUUGUGCUCCAAGGAGAGCGAAGACACCUAUUUAUAAUUUCCACAAUGUUUCCAUCUGGAGAAAUGCUCACUCAAAAUUCUGCUCUUCGGUGUGCUUCAAGAGUUCUUCAGCCCCUAUACUAGAGAUCCCUCAGACACCUUCCUGUAACAGAAGCAUCGUUAUGUACAUUGGAGACAAUAAGGCAGGGACAGAUACUGAAACCAGCAUUAUUACUUGUAAAAAAAAAAAAAGAAAAAAAAAGUUGUAUAUUUGUAGAAUUUGUCUCCUGGUCCUAAUCUCUUUAUACUUCCAAAAGUCUUCAUUGCCCAA